CCGCCACUUCCACGUCUUCAACUUCGUUCAAAUUUUGCCAGCUUCAUCGACAAGGGCCAUGCUCCUACAGACAAGCUGCAUGGACUUGUACAUACGGUAGGCCAACCGAUCGGCUUACAUUCAUCUCCAUCCCGGUCGCCGCGCCAAUUCGCCGCGAGGGGAGAUCGCAUUAGCGCCGUACAUGCUCGAUAACCCCCUCCGCGAGAUAAGCCUAUAUCCUACGCUACCCCUCCGCCUAUUCCGACCGCGAAAUAUUCUAUUAACGAUCACCCCGAGAAACUCACGACCACCCGACCGCGAUCAUGACGAUGGAGGAGCCGCUUCCAAACCCACCGGGCGAAGGCCUCGCGCCUGGCCUCGCGCCUCAAAAUGGAACCGCAAAGCCCGAAGUGGAGCAAGAUAACGUGCCACCUCCCAAGCCAGCGUCUUCGGUCGCGGAGUCGUUAGGAUCGAGGAGUCAGGCUAAGGUUGCGAUUCCGAGAUCCCGUGGGGGUAUUAUACCGAGAUAUAAUCGCCGGGUUCCGCGGGCUUGUGAGUCGUGUCGUGCGCGCAAGACGAAGUGUAGUGGUGAUACGCCGGUUUGUCGCCAGUGUCGGGAGUUGAGGAUCACUUGCAAUUAUCCGGUUGGAUGGAAGGAGAGAACUAAAAGACAAGUGGAUAAUCUUUCAGAAAAAGCGCAAGAAUAUGAAAAUCUUCUCAAGGAGUUGGGCCAUUUGGUGGAGAGUCGUACUGCAGACCGAAUCAGGAGCUUGCUGGACAAGCAUGGUACGGAAGUCGACUACAGCUCCAAUAGUAACAGCAAUCAAUCUCAUUCGGUUACGCCCCAAGAUUAUCCUCCAGAGGACGAUAUCGAUGAAAUGAGCUCGCCUUCAUCGAUUGGAUCACUCGAAGCGAUUGAUCGCGUGGAGGAAGACCUGAAUCGAAACGAAAAAUCAAGGGCGACUGGGUUUAUGGGAAAGAACUCUGAAGUUACGUGGAUGCAACGGCUUCAACGAGAGGCUGAGCACAGGUCAAGGGGCUUACCGGGGUCUUUGGAGCCGGGGCAGAGUAAGCGGCAGGACGAUGAUCUUGCUCUACAUGCUGUCAGCUACCAUCUCGACGAUCUCGACAUCUCCGUGCCCGGACCGAUCGAACUUUACUCCAUGCCUCCUCGAAAUGUGGCCGAUAAACUUUUCGAUGACUAUUUGAGGACCGUACAUCCAUUUUUCCCUAUCAUCAACCGACCUCUGUUCGCCGCACAGUACCGAACAUUCUUCGACAGCAAUGCACGGCCUGGUGACAAGUGGCUCGCUAUAUUGAAUAUGAUCUUCGCCAUUGCGGCGAAACAUGCUCAUAUUAUAGAGGCACCGUGGCAAGGAGAUGAUAGGGAUCAUCUGGUGUACCUGACGCGAGCCAGAAUUCUCAGUAUGAAUGGCGAUGUCCUGUUCAGCCACCCUGAUCUCCAACAGGUCCAGGUUGAGGGCUUGAUCGCUUUCUACCUGCUCGCAUCCGACCAGAUCAAUCGAGCGUGGCGAAUCUCCUCCUUGGCAGUGCGAUCUGCUAUCACGUUGGGCAUCAACAUGAAAAGUAGUAGUGCCACAACCCCGAACAUCUCCAAAGAGGCCCGUUACCGGGUAUGGUGGUGUCUCUACACGUUCGAGCAUAUGCUAGGUGUCAUGACUGGCCGGGCUACUUGUAUUCUCGAUGGUAUCUGCACCACGCCCCUGCCGCUCCCCUUUGAGGAAGAACAGUUACAGGAGCCCCAAGCUGCAGAGGUCCUCAACAACACUCAUAUCCGAGAUGAGCGCAUCAAUGCGGUAAUGGCCAGCGCUUGGGUUCGACACAUACCGUUGAAUCCUACCGGCGGCAAGCCAGCCACCCACUUAUCACGAAAACGCGACAACUCGUGGGUGAGGAGUAUUCCUUUCAACUCCGGCCUCUGCCAUUUGUACUAUUGCGAUCUGGCCGUUGUUGUGCAAGAGAUUGUGAAUAAGGUGUACUCAGUGGACUGCGUAGUAGUACCUUGGAAACACAUUGAGAAUCGAAUCGGCGAGCUGCGCUCUCGAAUCGACCUCUGGUUCCAGAGCAUCCCCACGUUCCUCGAUUUCACACGCAAGGAGGAUGAGGGCCCGGAACUACUCCGCUGCAAACUCGCCCUCGCAUUCCACUACUACAGUGCGCGGAUCACUCUUGGUAGGCCCUGUCUCUGUCGGCGUGACGCACAGAAGAAAAACCCCGCCGACAGAACGAGCUUUAGCCACGAAAUGGCCAUUUUGACUCUCGAGUCCGCCGAGCGCAUGCUAGACCUGAUCCCAGAUGAGCCGAACGCAGUUCAACUCUACGAGAUCUCCCCUUGGUGGUGCAUCCUGCACUAUCUCAUGCAAGCGGUAACGGUGCUGCUCCUCGAGCUCUCUUUUGGCACUGUGCAUGCGCCCGACUCAGAAAAGCAAUUCCUCUUGCUAGCCAAGAAAGGCAUUCGCUGGCUCUACUCCAUGUCCGAGCACAGCAUCGCCUCGCGCCGCGCCUGGCAACUCUGCGAUAUUAGCCUGCGCCGUCUCGCGUCUGGCAUGAGCUUCGAUGUCAGCGACAUACCCACCAACACAUACCACCCUACACCUACAUCAACCCUCUCUCACCCCGAAAACCAAAACAUGAGUCAAGACACUACACAAGAAACAAACGAUUAUUGGGGCCCCGCUCUUGAGCACCUCUCCUUGAGCAACCACACCCAAGAAACAAACCAGCACUCAAAUAUCGAUCAUCAUUACUCGUCCUUCCCGUCAUUCUCGAAUAUGUCUACCACCGACCCGAUGGCUGUUCUCCAGACCGCGGCCCCAGCCACGGAUGAUUUGUAUUUCCCGUAUGAUCCUAUCAGCGGUGAAUUCAUCCGCUCGUUCUUCCCGAAUUCCAAUGAGGAAGGGAAUUGGGAUAUAAAUUGAUAAUCGGAUUUGGUUCUACCAAGGACGAAGAAAUUCUGAAAUGAUUAUAUGCAUAUUGAUGAGUCAAGAAACACGAAAAAAGACAUACCCCAUUCUAUCCCUCCUUCAAUCGACUCCUUUCCCGCUUCUAUUUCGUUCCUUCUACCUUCUCCUUCUCCUUCAACCUUAACCUUCCAUAAUCUUCCUUUUUACCUCCCCCUUUCCAUUUUAUCUCUCUCAACGACCUGGCCCUCUAUACUUGGUAUCUGGUAUAUCUUCCUUUACACACAAACCUAUCACACUAACCUCUCCCCUACCUUCUGGGCCAUUUUACUAAUGACUCAACAUCAUCCCUCGCCAUCACACAUAACCUAUUCACUUCCCGUGAUUUCUUCUUAGCCGCCCCUAUUUGAAGUCUCAUCGUCUAUUUUCGGUCAUACUCUCUAUCAUUCUUACCUCUUGGUUUAUUCAAUUUCUAUCAGUGUCAUCAUUGAUAUGUGAAGGCCUUGAUUUUUCUUUCCUCGCGAUAUGCUUUUUAAUCUUUCCCCUUCACCAGCUCUAUACCAAAUUAUCUCAACACAUAUUGUAUACUGGGGGAAUGUCGUUUGGCGUGCUUUACACUUGAGGAUUAUAUUGGGAUUUGGGCUCUGGAUGGAUGAUUUGGAAUUUGAUUUCUAUAAAAAGCGGCGUGAACGGUUGGCUAGGCUGGUAGGCAAGGGUUUGGUUUGGUGGGGGUCUCUUCGUUUUUCUUUUGGUCCCCUUCUACGGAGUUUUGGUGUUGGUGGCUAUUCUUUGUUUUCUUGGAUGGAGGCCAGGUUUUUGAAAGUGGUCAGGCCCUCAUGGCCUUUUCGUGGCAGAUGGACAUACUUCAAUUGCAGACUGGUCGACCUUUUCGUUCUUAAUAUGCUGAGAUGUAAGGAAUUUGCUCCUCAGUACGCCCACACGUGAUCUCAGUACGUGAUUUAUA